CCCCUCACCCUGCCACCUGGAAGUCCAUUGCUGCUUAGCUGGGAUACCUGCAUCUCUACAUUUGCUCUCUUGGCCACUGACCAGGAGACCUUCCAAACAAAUGAUUCCUUUCAAACCUGGACCAGAGUAAGAGCCCCUCCAGGUAUCCUGAGUGAUGCUCAAAGGCACAGUCUGAUGGACGUGAUCAUAUUCGAUCAAGGAACUCUGUUUCUAGUAGACAGUACUGUUUACCUAAGAACAGAAGAUGAAUUUACAAAACUGGGUGAACGCAGAGGUAUUUCUGAAACUGGAAUUCUUGGCUUUUCAAAAAGAAGAUGGUGUCAGAUUAGAUAUUUAUAUAAGUUGGCAUCAAAAAAAAGCAUACUAGUUGCUUGGUCAAAAACUACCGUGUAUGCUGGAUAUCCUACAUUUAGAUUUGUGACAUUAACAAAUACUGCAAAGCUAAAAGAUAAUUUCAAGCUUCCCGAGACUGACACGCUGGAAGUAAUGUCUGUUGAGUAUUUAUGGCACCCGCUGGAGCUUGCAGUUCUUCUGUCCCACUGCUCUGUCUGCACCACCAACACCAGGAACAUCCGAGUAGUGAUAUAUAGUGCAAUAUCAGAAACGUGGACACUCCAGGACUUUGAACUACAAGUGUCCAAGGAGGCCGUUUUAGGAUUUCGCUUUCUUUACUCUGCCAUGCCUGAUAUUAUCAUGUGGGACCAAUACCACGUUUACUAUAGCUACAAGAAUUUCACUGUUGUUGGAACUAUAUCAACAUCUUCAGGAGAGACCAAUCUGUCAUCAUUAUCACAGGGCAGCCACGUCCACCAAGUCUUUACAGAUAGAAUUGGAAAUGUUCUGGUAAAAAUGGAAAAUAAUGUAAUGUUCUACAUCAAGGCUGACAUUACAGAGGCAGUUAUGCUACAUACAUGGGUAAACACGACUGCAAAGACAGUGGUAAUGUUCAACAAAUCUUUUGAAGUAUGUAUAUUAUACUAUAAUGAAAAUCUCGACGAAAAGUACCAGUUGCAGACACAGCCAUAUCCCUUAAUUCUGGAGUUACAAAGUAUAAAUAAAGAUUUAGGAGACUGGUGCCCAUAUCUGGCAUUUCAGCACAAUAUUCAUAGUCAGUUUUACCAUAUGGAUAAAGGAGAAAGCCUGACAAUUUGGAGUCAAAUAGUCUACCCAGAAAAUCGGGGUCUCUACAUUGUUGUGGACCACUAUGGCUCAAGUGUAAUGACCUGGACACAAAACCUUGAGUAUGAGAUUGCAUCAGGAUUCUGUACUAAAACUAUGAUAACAAGAUUUUUUCAGACAACAAAUUACGAAUUAGUGGAUAAUUAUUAUCAGUUACAAAAAGAGAACACAGGUCUCAUGCUUCUUCAGUUCCGACCUAGUGAAUUUUCAAGAACGUGUUUAACAGCCAAACCG